AUGACCCCUAAGCAGGAGUUUACUCAUCGUUGGUACCCGUUCUCAAUGGAAGUGGGCGAGGGUGAGGAAUUACACAGCGAGAAAUUUGAAUGGCGGCCUACCCGAGGCAAAGAGGUGAAAAACAUGUUCAACCACGCCAAAGGGUUUAAGCUGGUACGAGUUGGGGCCGAAGGACCUGGCGACGGACAAGGCGGGAAGAGGCAAUCGAGACAGCUAGGGGAGAGCAGCGAUGGCAAGGAGGUGGUCGCCGUUUGGGCAACCGAAAGAGUUCUGGUGCCUAUAAGCCGCGGCCCGUUCAAGUUCGAGCUCCUUGGUAGCGGCAAGACCGGCGAGUUAGGUCGACACUUCGGGUACAUGGCUCUUAUGACGGCGCUUGAGACCUGGUGUUUUCAGAUUCUGAGAAUACAGGACGACUUCCCUCCUUGUGCCACUCGCCAUUGA